AUGGACAAAAAUACUUUUGAUUCGGAUAAUAAUCAAUUAUAUCGAACAGAGAAUGAUUCGGAAAUUUCUGUUGUUGACUAUGGAAAAUGUGUAGGUUGUGGAAGUGUGCGAAACUAUGUAGGCUGGUGUAACGAAUAUGAUGUAAUUGCUCUUAAGGAAAGUUUUGGAAAUUGGACAAAAAAUACAGAUAAAGGUGGCGCAUUUAGCAUAAUCUAUUCAGCAUUUUGGUUGGAAGGUCCUCGAUGGAUUUGGGAAGAAGCGGAACAGUGGACGCGUAAUGAUAUACAUGUGGCAGAAGUAUUCGGAAUAGCUAGAGAUAACAAUUCAGAUUUUAAAUAUACCCAUAGUAUUUCAACAAUAUCUUUCCAACAAAACAUUCCUUUACUUUAUCAAUAUAUGAAUGUAAAGAAAUUCAUAGGAUUAGAAAAUACACCAGAUUUAGUAGAAGCACAUGCCGAACAAUGGAUACGUACUGGUCCUAUAAAAGUUGUUCUUAAGAGACUUCAUUAUUCACAAAAUAUGAGCGAGGAAUAUUUGAAACAAAUAAAAGACUUCCUUUGGGGAGCUUCGAAAGGAAUACAAAUAAUUCAUGAAAAUGGAUUAAUUCAUGGAAAUAUUCACGGAGGCAAUCUGUUAGUUGAAAAUACUGAUUCAGUUAACUCGUUUGUCAUUUUACGAGGGAAUCCAAAAACCAAGGUUUCCGACAUUUUUAGUUUUAGAAUUAUCAUGUGGACGCUUUCUGCUGGUAUUUGUUCAUGGUGUAAUAGACCACAUGACCUUAAAUUAGCUAGCGAUAUUUGCUCUGGUCUUCGACCUGAAAUUAUUGAUUGGAGAUCCAAAUGUUUAUAA